AUGGUCAUUGCACGGAAGUCUGGCUACCACACCACGGCCGCUUCCAUGUACCGCCGGGUCUUCACGGCAUUGAAGCAGUUCCUCCCAAGAAACGACAGCCCAGUGGACGGCUCUUUGGCCACAGAGCCAAAGAAGCUGGCUGCUCAAGUGGCACCCAUCUGUUCCGACAUGCUCGCUCAGCUCAACUAUCCCGGAGCACCCAAGCUCAAGGCCGAGGCCGUCGAAGGUCUGCUUGCCUACAUGCAUAAGCGAGCCAUUGAGUUCGAUGUGCCGCUCAAUACCAAGAUUUCUGCAAAGGGAUUCCGUCUAGGCUACGCAGAAGGAUUGCUCGCCCACCCCAACCAUCCCGUGCAAGUCCAGGGGUAUGUCGGUCUGUUCACUUGGCUCGUUGUCCAGUACGACGACAUUGUCGGCCAGAGCAACCAGAUGGUCCAGGAGGCCCUGCAAUUCCACCAACGCUUCUUCCGAGGCGAGCGGCAGCCAAACAACCUGCUCGAGGCCAUUGCCAUCCUGCUCCGCGAGGCGGAUGACCACUUCGACACUGUCCUCGCCAACAUGCUGCAGAUCUCCGUGCUCAAGUUCCUCACUAGCAACCUGUUGGAGCGCCACGACGGCUUCCAGCACAUGGCAGUUACGCGUGCCGGCAACAAAUUUCCGGAUUUCUACAGGGAUAUGUCGGGAAUGAACGUGGCCUAUGCCGUCUUCUGCUACCCCAAGGCCCAGUAUCCUGACGUCGCGGCCUUCCUCGAGGCGAUCCCCGACAUGGCCCGUUUCAUUGACAUCUCCAAUGAUGUGCUCUCAUUCUACAAAGAGGAGGUCGGUGGAGACACAAGAAACUACCUUCACAACCGUGUCGAUACCAGCGGCAAGCCCAUGCUGGCGGUCCUCCAAGACGUAAGCAACGAGUCGAUAGAGGCCGCAAAGCGAGUUGACGAGAUCCUCAAAGGCAGGGGUGUCUAUGAGCAGUCCUGGAAGGAGAGUGUCCAGGGCUACAUGGCCAUGCACACAACUAAUCCCCGAUACAAGCUUUCGGACCUAGGCCUGGCCGAGGAACAUCCCCUUGCUCCUUUUGAGCAUAAGAUUGGAGAGUUCUUUGACCGGGUCAACAACAGCUCAUGA